AUGAAACUUGCAAGGGGGGUGCUCCUCCUGUGGCGCAUGCACAUGAUGACGUACCUGCACAAGCCCAUCCUCUGCUACAAGCAGAAAGGAAACUGCAACUUAAAAUUAAGUCAAGGAGCCCCUAGGAGAGAACGCCUGGCCUAUGUUAGAAGUUCAGCGUUAGUGGGGCGGAGGCCCAGCGAGUGCUUUAGCAACAACUGCUUUAGCAACAACUGCCUUAGUAGCAACUGCCUUCCCCGAAGUGACUUUUCCUUUUUCUAUGGAACUGCAAAUCGCCAAAAUUGCUACUCGACGUAUGAACAGAUAGUCCACUACAUUGAGCAGAGACGAGGGGAAUUCUCUUCGUGUAGUAGUCCCUCUAGGGAAGCUACUCAUCCAGAAGCAAAAACGAGGAGGACUAUUAUCGACCAGAAUUACACUCUCAUUAGAGGAAGGGUGGAACACAAAGUGAAGCAAUCUAAAAGGAUUUUCCUUCGCCUCAGACAAGACGGGGGAGUUUAUCUCACCUGUGUGUAUGAAAAAAAAGGAGGAUGUACUGAAGGGGAGGAUGAUCUGUAUAGCUAUAUAAAAAAGAUACGAAACGAAAGUGUGGUUGAUAUUGUUGGACGUGUGAAGGUACAUGGUGAUUUGAUCAGAUGUAGGGUUCCCUUUUUGGAAAGCAUACUAAAUGAGAAGUGCAUAGAGGUAGUCGUGAGCAGCAUCCGAUGUAUUUCAGAAGCGUUUGACGAUGUGCCCUUGUUGGUGAACGAGGGCAGGGCCUUUUGGGCGGCACGCACAGGUGGUGACAGCAUCAGUGGAAGUGACAGCAUGGGUGCAGGUGACAGCAUGGGUGGAGGUGACAGCAUGGGUGGAGGUGACAGCAUGGGUGGAGGUGACAGCAUGGGUGGAGGUGGCCGCAUCGAUGGAGAUGGCCGCAUAGAUGGAGAUGGCCGCAUAGAUGGAGAUGGCCGCAUCGGUGGAGAUGGCCGCAUAGAUGGAGAUGGCCGCAUCGAUGGAGAUGGCCGCAUCGGUGGAGAUGACCGCAUCGGUGGAGAUGACCGCAUCGGGGGUGUUGCCCGCCGGCCCGCUAAGCUAAACACCAGCGAAGUCAUCCUGAAGCUGCAACACCCCAGCCUCCACCACAGGCACCCCAUGAACCACAUCGUGUUCCAAAUUAAGAGCCGAAUUGCGCACCAGUUGAGGGAGAUGCUGCGGCGGGAUGGGUACACGGAGGUGUUCACGUCCAAGAUGGUUAACCUCGGGGGGGGAGGCGCCCAUGGGGAAGCGCCUAUCAGUGUGGAGGAGAACGUAGGUGACUCGGAAUCCAUCAAUGUGGAGGAGAACGUAGGUGACUCGGAAUCCAUCACUGUGCAGCAGAACGUAGGUGACUCGGAAUUCAUCAAUGGGGAACACACUGCAGAAGACGCUGCUACCGGCACGCGCACUACCUCCUCUUCCGUGGAACGACGCACCCGUUGGCAACUGAACGGAUCGGAAGGAGGCUCCAGGUGCUACAAAAUCGAGGGAGAAAAAGUGAUACUAGCCCAGAGUCCCCAAUUUUACAAGCAAAUGCUAAUUAACGCAGAUUUUGAGAAAAUCUACGAGAUGAACUACUCCUACAGAAAUGAGAAAUUCAACACAUCCAGGCACCUGAACGAGUUCCUUUCGUUAGACAUAGAGAGAGUAAUCUAUCACAAUUACUACGAAAUAAUUAUCCCCAUGUAUGAGCUGUUGAAACGAUUAAAUGAGUACCUACUUAAGACUUUUGGGGAGGAGUUAAGCUUGAUAAGCUCUUCUUUUGGAGGUCACCAUUUUGAGCCCAGCAAAAUUCCCGAUUCUCCUUUUGUGCUCUCCUUUUGCGAAGCUAGAGACAUACUAGACAGAUAUUUCUCAAGCUCGUUCAGAACUACUGCUGAUCAUGAUUACUCUCCAUUUGACAUACAAGAACGGGGGAGGAAGAAGUCACACGCAUUAUGCAACUUACCCAAGGGGGGUAUAAAAAUUCUCACCCAUGAGGAAAAGGAUGAAUUGAUGAAAAGGCUAUCAUUUGAGGCACCCCCUGGUGAAAUGCUACACAACGUAUACUUUAAUCAGAAGGUGGAGAGCAUAUACCAGGUGCACCAGGGAGGUGUCCGCACUGAUGGGAAGCCAUCCUCAGGGCAAGGGAACCAACACGACGAGAGUGUCUACGCCUUCCUAAACGGGUACAACCGAGACGAGCUCUACAAAAGGUUGCUACUAUCUCUUAACCGCUUAUAUGAUGGAGGUACCGCGGAAAAUGAGUCAGUUGACACAAACGACACAGCAUCCGCUGGAGAAAACGAUGCACAGGUCGAAUGCAAAUACUCCUUGUUGAACCUGCUACGCAAGAACCCACAGGAAGGAGACAACAAACUGUGUCUAACCGAAUCGAUGCAAAGCAAAGAGUUAAAGGAAAGGUACGUGAACUCUCCCGACUUCACCAAUGAAGAGCUGCAAUUCCUACACCAGUUUCUAAAAAAAAAUUUUGACGUGGAUCUAUUCAUAAUCGAUCAGUACCCAUGGCACCUCAGACCAUACUACACAGCACACAACCUCUACGACAUUAGGUUUACGAACAGCUUUGAUUUUUUCUACAAGGGAGUCGAAAUUAUUUCCGGCAGUCAGCGAAUCAACCACUUGCCCAUUUUGCUAUUCAAAGUAGUGAACACCUUUCGAUCGGUAGAGAACCCACAGAGGGAACUCUCCUGUGAAUUAUCCAUCUCGGAGAAGACCAACUUUUCCCUUUCGGAUUACCUCAAGAAAUGUGAAAAGCUAAUAUACAGCGACUCCACUUUAAGUAAGUACAUCAAUUCGUUUCGUUUUGCUUCGAAACCCCAUGGGGGGUUGGCGCUCGGCUUGGAACGCUACCUGCUGGCUGCGCUCAACCUGGGGAAUGUGAAGCGCGCCGUUUUUUGCGACUGA